UAUUGAGACACGUAUGUGCGAGCUCCGCCGGGAGCGUCUGCUGCAAUCAGUGGCUGCAAUCAUUCUGUACGGCACUAAAUGAAUGACACAGGUUAGCCUGAAUUCAGAGAAGCCCGCCACCACGUGACAUGGAGGCGCGGAAGCGUCCCACCAACGAACCCCAAGAUUCCAGCAGAGACACCACCCUGGCUUCGAGCAAGAACCCUCUGCUAGAGGAUGGCCGGGCAAGUGGAGAUGGUAGCCACAGCGAUAAAGACCACACUGGUAGCGUGCGGGACGAGUGGCGUAGCAUCGCACUCCUGCUGUUUUUGUAUGUGCUCCAGGGCAUCCCCCUCGGUCUUGGAUCAGCCGUGCCACUGUUGCUCCAGAACAGGCAUGUCAGCUACAAGGAGCAAGCCCUGUUCAGCUUUGUGACAUGGCCGUUCAGCGUGAAGCUUCUGUGGGCCCCCAUUGUGGACUCUCUGUAUUCGAGCCGUUUUGGCCGGCGCAAGUCGUGGCUGGUGCCUGUACAGUAUGCCAUCGGUCUUUCUUUCUUUUGGCUCUCAUCGCACGUGCGGUUCCUGCUGGGCGACGAGGAAGGAAUUAGCAAUGCAGAGCCCAACGUUCUUUUGCUGACAGUCAUCUUCCUGUCGCUAAACUUCCUAGCGGCUACUCAGGACAUUGCUGUCGAUGGCUGGGCUCUCACAAUGCUCUCGCGGAGGCAUGUAGGCUACGCAUCCACCUGCAAUUCUGUGGGGCAAACGGCCGGUUAUUUCUUGGGCAAUGUGGUCUUCCUGGCCCUGGAGUCUGCAGACUUCUGCAACCGCUACCUGAGGUCUGAACCCCAGAAGGAUGGCAUUGUCACCCUUGAUGGGUUCCUGUAUUUCUGGGGCAUCGUGUUCAUGGUGACGACCACACUGGUGGCGCUCUUCAAGCACGAGAGAGACAAAUCUGCAACGGACGAGGACGACGGCCAUCCCGACCUUGGCAUUGCUCAGACGUACAAAAUGGCCCUGCGCAUUUUUCAUCUCCCUAGUGUCCGUACAUUCUGCAUUUUCCUGUUCACGUGCAAGGUGGGCUUCGGCGUCGCCGACAGUGUGACUGGGUUGAAGCUCCUCGAGGCUGGCUUGCACCGGGAAAAUUUAGCCCUGCUGGCCAUUCCGAUGGUGCCCAUUCAGAUCAUGCUGCCGCUGCUUAUAAGCAAGCACACAGGUGGCCACAGGCCACUCGACGUGUUUUUCAAAGCGUAUCCAUACAGGUUGUUGCUUGGAUUGGUGUUCAUGAUUCUUCUGCACUGGACAUAUCACGUCAAGAAUCCAGAUGGAACAUUCCCCCUCUACUAUUAUGCAAUCAUCGUUAUUGUCUACGCAGUCCACCAGGUGACCGUGUACAGCAUUUUUGUGUCCCUGAUGGCAUUCCACGCUAGAGUGAGUGACCCCGCCAUUGGGGGAACCUACAUGACCCUCCUGAACACCAUCACCAAUCUCGGAGGCAACUGGCCCGCAACGCUCUCGCUGUGGAUGGUGGAGAGUCUCACCUUCAAGAACUGUGUUGGCGCUGCCAAAGGCUGGCUCUCGUGUUCGUCCAAGGAAGAUCUGGAUACAUGUACCAGCCAAGGGGGCACCUGCGAGACUACGAUAGACGGUUACAACAUUGAGAUGGUGCUCUGCAUCGUGCUUGGUUUCGCGUGGCUGCUGUAUGCGCGGAGGCGGGCGCACUGGCUGCAGUCCCUGCCACAGUCUGCGUGGAAGUGCACCUGAUCACACCGCAGAUAUUAAGCCCUGUGAAAAAAAAAAACAAGCGCAGCGGAAGCUUCAGUGAUAAGCUGUGGUGCUGGCUGCCACUCCUUCCGUAACUCAUGUAGCGUGAAACGCGUACUUGGGUUCUGUUGUGACAAAGUUUUGCCUCGGCUGCUCAAGCAUCUGUGGUACUGUACAGUUGUUAUGUGAAAACGCAUUCCAACAUUCUUCAGAUGUCUAUGUAUAAAGCUUUAUUGUGUGUUGUGCUGUGUACAAGCAUUGGCCAUGUUUCAUAUUAUGAGUAUUAUUGGAGUUGUUUUUUGACUAAAUAUGAAAUCAAAUAAUAGUUCCAAUUCCAUAAUUAAAUUUUUCAUUCUGUUUACAGAGAAAAAAAAGUGAGAGGUGGCAAGGAGACGUUUUCCACUGUGAUCAAAUGACAUAAUAAUUACAGUGAUCCUUACAGUGGUCAUUAUGAUGAACUUGUGAACGAAACUUGUAUAACAAACCACCACACUUUACAGAGCAAAUUAACCCAACAGAUGACAGUACAGUGAAUUGUAUUACACCUCAUACCAUCAUCGUUUCAAAAUGCUUGCCACAUACAAGGAUGCACAGAACUGGAAUGCUGCUCUCUCCUAAAUCUGGCUGCUCAUAAAAACUUGUCACACGUGCUUCACAAACUCUUGAAUGCCAUAUCAAUGUUAAUAUGACAUAUUUAUAGAAGGCAAUAAAAUUUGUUUUUCAUUUGUGGUGACA